AUGACUCUAAUAUUUAUAAAUAAUAAAUUCAUUAUUUUGAGAAUCCUAAUGUAACUUUGAUAAAGCAAGAAAGCAGAAAGAAAUUACAAAAACUCCAUUUCAUUUUGGUGCUAGCAAAUUCAAAUCAGGUUACAUAUUUUAAAUUACUAUCGGAUAGAUAAAUAAAUUAUUUCCAAGAAGUAUGAAAGAAAGGCCGUAUCGUAUAUUUUAAAGGACAGGAAUAAAGGAAACAAAGUUAUAAAUAUAAUCAAAAUUGACAAUGAAGAUUUGAAUUCAAGAAAAAUAGUGUAAAUACAGAACUAACCUAAGUGAUAUAGCUAAUUGAAGAAGAUAGAUAGCUGGAUUAUCCAGUAAUUCAAGGGAAUUUCUUUUCCUUUCUAUAUUGAUUAUACUCAUUAAAUUAUUCAUUUUACCAGCACUAUUGGAUUUAUCAACUAAAAAUAUUCC